AUGUCGUCGACAGCGGACCUCCCGCGGCCUGCGCGCGGCGGCGGUGCCUUCGACUUCGGGCAGGGCAGCGCGCUGGUGCUCGCGUCGUACCCGGUGCUCCUGCUCCUCGUCCUUCUCUCCGCGUUCGUCAAGUACGUGUGGAUCGCGCUCGCGCUCUACUGCGCGAUCCUGUUCGUGCUCUCCUGCACUGGCCGCUUGCUUGCCGGCCCGGUGGUGUUCGUGCACGACGAGGACACGGCGGCCGUCGAGCGGGGCGGCCUAUCACAGGCGUCCAUUGCGGCCUUCCCGACGUUCGUGUACGGUGCCGCAGCUUCAGCCGGUGCCGGCGACGGCGAGGCCCAGUGCGCGGUGUGCCUGGAGGCUCUGUCCGGCGGGGAGAAGGUGCGGCGGCUGCCGGUGUGCGCGCACACGUUCCACGUUGGGUGCAUUGACAUGUGGUUCCACUCGCAUGCGACGUGCCCGGUCUGCCGCUGCCAUGUCGAGCCGCCCAAGGCCGGCAAGAUGGCGCCGUUGCCACCAGAGCCGCCUCUGCCGCCGGUGUAGUUGUUGCUGAC